UUAGCAAGAGCGCAGUGACUUCGCUGUGUGUCAGCGCAGUCGGCUCAUCCACAAUUGCUAUCAAGGCUUAGCGAAAGUGUUGUUUACAUUCUUCGUUUAUUAAGUUUGAUAACAUAAUGGCUGUGUAUCAUGGUGAUACGAGAACCGAUUGGCCUAUGCUGUUUGCUGAAUUAAAACAGUACCAUGACGAAGCGUAUCGUGUGAUUGACACUGCUAUAAAACUGGAAGAGGAAAGAAAAAACAGAGAGGCAGUUGAAAGGUAUGAACAAGGUCUAAUCUUAAUAGAUAGAGCACUAAGUAUUCAGCUCGACUGUCCGCAGAAUCCAGACUUUUCUUGGGAAAAAGCAUGCAUGAUGAUGCAAAAAAUGAGGAAGACCAGGAAAGAAGUCUUGCACCGGAUUAGUGAUGCACAGGUCAGUGCAGCAGGGAGUGCAUCAUCUCAGCAGGCACCACCUUCGUAUGAAGAGGCAAUGUCGGCACCCAGUUCACCCGUUCCAGAGCCAUCUCAGAUUCAGACAUAUGAGGAUUUGGGAAAAGCCCUGCAGAGGUUAAAGCCUGAUAGCAGUAAGCUGUGUGAUGAGAUGCAUGGGGAGCUACUGUUCACAGUGGAUGGAGUUAGAAUUUACUUUAUCUCACCUGAUGGUUCUGUCACAUCUCCAUCAGACCCUGCAUCACUACAGAUUGUACAUGUGAAAGAUGCAGAAGGAGAGGUGCCAAGUUAUUACUUGCAGCUCGGCACAUGGAUUUAUCCAUUAAUACCUGGUGUUUCGCCAUGCUUUCAUACACAAUACGGGGCUUUGAUACUACCUGACUUGCAUUCUGAUGUUCCUGGUGCAGCUGUUGGACUGAUCCUACCUGAGAAUGCAGAUGAUUCAUUGCUUGAGCUCUUGGAUGACAUCCUACAAGGUGUCAUGCGCCAGGAGGCACCCCAGGCACUGCCUCGCAUGGCGAGAGCAGUGCCAGCUCUGCCACCUGCACCAUAUAGCUAUAGUCAGAGAAUCUCAGGUGCUCUCAUCUCAGGUGCCAAGUAUGUGUCAAAUGGAUUAGUGUGGGGAGCAAGUAAGGCAGCAAACUUGAUAACACAGCGUGGGACACCUGCUCUGGUAUCACAUAUUCAGCCUGUAGCACAGCCACGACCAGUUAGUCCUAGCAUGACAAGGGGUGUCCAAUUUGCCAAAGAUGUUUCUGGAAAAGCUGUGCAGUUUACAGGAUUUGUAGCUAGCAAAGUCGGAACUGCAACUGUGGCUCUUGGAAGGUACCUUGCACCACAUGUUCGUGAACAAGGAACGAAGUUACUGACAAAAGUGUCUGGGUCAGGAGAGGAAGAAGCCAAGGCACGUAUGGAGGGAGUGCUGGAAGUGGCAGCUGGCGCAGUGCAAGGGAUUGGCACUGUGUAUGAAGGACUAGAACGUUCUGCAUCCAUAUUAGGCAGCAGCCUUGCUAACUCCACAGUGACAAUUGUGAAACACAGAUAUGGCAACUCUGCUGGUCAGGUCACAGGUGAAGCUCUGGAUGCUGUUGGAAAUGUCUGGGUAGCUGGUCGUGAUAUCAGACAUCUUUCACCUAAAGGGCUUGCAAAGGCAACAGCUAUUGGUGCCAGUAAAGGUGUUGUGGAAGCCACUGGGCAUUUGCCAGGACCAUCAAGUAAAGAGGAAUGAUUACUCUUCGGUAGUCUUCAAAUAAGUCAGUUAUUAUCAGAGAAUCAAAGACAUGCUGCUUACAAUUUGGCUUUCCUUCAUGUUGAAUGAUUUAAAAUUACUUUUUUAUUGGUUCACUUGAAGUGACUGCAAGGCAUUAAUAAUUUUGUAAUGGUGGACUUACUGUUGACAUUGUAUAGUUGUUGUUAUCAGACUUUACAGUGCACAGUUUGAUAAAUCUGCCUUGUAUGUACAUUUGUAUUGUUAUACUUUGAUUAUAAUAACUUUGUGAUUGACAUUAAGCAAGACAGUCGGCAAGGGCUGAGGUGUCAGUAAACUACAGUUCUUUCUAUGGUUUCACAUGCUCACUGUUUAGUAGGUAACUACAGAAUCCUGAUAAGUGAUCCUGAUUAUAUGAUGUGGAAGAGGGAGGAAUAGCAGGAACAGCUGGCCAUUGAUAUCUGUCAAUCACUUAAGUCACUUUAUUGAAGCUGAACUGAC